CGUGAAAGGGGGGGACCGGCGCGGCGGGCGGACCUGGGCGGGCGGCGGGCCGCCAUGGCGUCGCCCCCGCUGGCGGCGGCGGCGGCGGCGGUGGCGAGCAGGAGCGGCGGCGAGGCGAGCUCGGGAUCCGAGGAGACGGGGCCGGCAGCUCCGGGCCGCGACCUGGCCUCCCUCUUCGAGCAAGCGGCCGAGCGGCUGCCGGCGCUGCUGCCCGCCGCCAGCAAGGAGCAGCUGCUCUACCUGUACGCCCGUUACAAGCAGGUGAAAUUUGGAACCUGUAACACUCCCAAGCCAAGCUUCUUUGAUUUUGAGGGAAAGCAGAAAUGGGAGGCUUGGAAAGCCCUGGGAGAUACCAGCCCUCAUCAAGCUAUGCAGGAGUAUGUUGCUACAGUGAAAAAACUAGACCCCAGUUGGAAUCCACAGAUGACAGACAAGAGGGGAAAGGAAAGCAAAACUGCAUUUGGAGGCCCAGUUGUCAGCUCAUUAUAUCAAGAAGAAACAAUCAGGGAAGAGGACAAGAACAUUUUUGAUUACUGCAGAGAAAACAACAUUGACUAUGUAACCAAAGCCAUUCGAUCAAAAAAAGUGGAUGUGAAUGUCACAGAUGAGGAGGGCCGGGCUCUGCUCCACUGGGCAUGUGACAGAGGACACAAGGAGCUGGUUUCAGUACUUUUACAGCAUGCUGCUGACGUUAACAGCCAGGACGGGGAAGGCCAGACUGCACUUCAUUAUGCUGCCGCCUGCGAGUUUUUAGACAUCGUGGAGCUGCUGCUGAAGUCGGGAGCCGACCCCAGGCUCCGGGACCAGGAGGGCUGCCUGCCGGAGGAGGUGACAGACUGUAAAGCCAUCACUUGGGCUCUGCAGCAGCACACCGCUGGCAAGGCCUAACCCCAUGGAGACGCGGCGCAAUAACCCCCCUUCUCUUCCCCCACGGCCCUCCGAAACGCCUGGGCAGGGGCUCGAAGGGGAGCUUUUAGGGCACAGGGUCUGGGUGGGCCCUCCAGCACGAGGGCUGGCUGGCCAGGCACGUGUCCUGGGCAGGAUGGGAUCAGGGUCUAUGCAUGCUCUGACAUUUAUCAGUAUUUGGGGCGGGGAGGGAGCAAGGGAGGGGAGAGAGGGCCUGGAGAAGGCCCCAGGUGUCGUUUUAAUCUAUUAAACACGAGUAUUGCAUCGGAUGUCUCACCAGAGCAGCCUGUGCUGACUGGUUGCCUCCUCUAUGGGGAGGGGAGGGCGGCUGGGCCAGGUGAGAUGCUCCUCUCUCCCGUUCCGGUUAAGUUUUGUUUUCUUUUUUUUUUUUUUUUUCCCUGGGUCC